GAGGAAUGGUUAAAUGUUAGACUCUAACAUUAAUUAAUUAAUUCUACACCCUCUAACAUUUACAGGGUGUAGAAUUAAGUUAAAGGUACUUUCCCAGAACUGCAAUCUGUAUAUGAGUUUGUCUGGGAGUAGUACAAUUAAAGUUAAAGAUCAAAUUAAAGAUCAGUCUGUUUCUCUUGCCAGGAAACCACUUUGUAUACGUGUCUUGAGUCUCGUUUUCUGAAUACAAAACAGCAGUAAACAAGACGUUUCAAAAGUGGAUAUUCAUCAUCCCUCACCUCACAUCUGUUGCGUGAUUAAUUUAGAUAUAUUUGACUGUACAGGAAGGCAGAUUUAGCCAUUUUGAUUCACCCUGCUCAUAAGUGAUCCUCAGUGUACUGUACCCCCACCAGCGUCACCUGAUCCCCUAGCAACCUGCAGGUGUCUGUGUCACAACCGGACAAGACCAGGAGCAACUACAGCUUUAAACUGUUUCCAUGGCAACUCGGACGCAGAGGCUCGCUCAACCCAAACCCGACAGACUCAGAUACCCAGACCGUCGUUCUGUUUACUGGCUGGAUGAGCUUCCACCAGAGAAGACUGGAUCCACCACCAAGGCCGAGCUAAGCCAUCGCUGGUUGGAGCUGAGUAGGAGUAAAAAGUUCUACACUCAAGUCACACUUUCACCCACAUGGGAAGUGAGUGAACGUGCUCUCAGGGCCGUUGCGUCCAACAGGCUGUGCAGUCUGGCUCAACCUCGAGCCCCUGUGGCUGGCUGGAGGCCGGACCGCACACUGCUGGCCCCUUUGAACAGAGCCACGCAGACGGCGGUCGCCACUUCACGUAUUUGCCAGCUCGCCCAGCCUAAAAGAAGGCUGGUUCUGGAGGGCUCUGGCCACAAAUCGAAACCGGUACCCAUGACCCACUUACACUGCAAAGCAUCGGCACACAUCGAGCUGCUUGCGACCCCUAAGCACGACCACCCAGGGUUCGAAGGAGAGCGCGCCGUGUGCUGGCUCGUCUCCAGAGCGGCGAGAAACUACAACGCCAGCCAGAGACUUCUAGAGCUGUCCAGUCCCAAAGAGAGGAAGGCUCUGUUCGAGGGAUACGACCCCUACACAGUCAGCCGGGCGGCCCGCUCUGCCAGCCCCUCACCUCGGAUACGACAACUCUGCCUGCCUCUGCCUCGCAAAUGUAGCUCCAACUAGGAGGGAAGAGGUCUGUUCCUUGAAGAAGUGAUUGUUUUACAUUACAUUACAUUACUGUGAUACAUUACAUUACUGUGAUAAAAUUACAUUACAUUACUGUGAUAAAUUUGCCUUCAAGGAAAAUCAUGACAAAGCUGUAUUUGUUUUGCUUUGUCUGCUAUCUUACGUGAAUAAAGUGACAGGUAGAGAAGUA